UUGCCACCCUUCAAGCUUUGCUGCUCGGCCACCUGGAGCCCCUCUCCUCUGUAGAAACAGCUCUCUCCGCCCACCCCACCCCACCCCACCCCACACCUUGCCUGAACAGCCCCGUGUCUACUUGCGACCACUUCGCGGACACUUCACACCAAGCGCCCUCCACCCCGGAAAAUAUUUCCCACGCCACCAUGGUCUACAUUACAUCCGAUGGCUCGUCGCUCAAACUCGAGCGAGUCAUGAGCAAAUCCGGCACAUCGCCGCAUGCAAAGUGGCUCGGCGAAGACGCUGUCUCGACCCACUCCCCUCCUAACAUGGAAAAGAAUUCGCGUCCGCUUGUGCUGUCGCCACCCCAGUUCUCCCUCAAGGGCUCGCCCUCGGUGUCGCCUCGGCUGUCGGGUCUCUCUCCGCUUCACAGCCCCAUGUUCAAGAUUCCCAGUGCCCCCAAAACUUCCCCCAAAAAGUCGAUCCUCAAGAAGCACCAGCCGUUCGAGGCCAAGCACUCGGGCGUCUUCCAGGACCCGGCCAGCGCCCAUCUUGCCUCUGGCCGAGAUACAGGCUACAACCCCAUCUUGUCGCUGCCAAACCAUGAAGCCUUUAUGGCCCAACGCACCAAGAAACUCCAGCUGUCGUUUGAUGACAACCGCAUCGAGCAAAUAUGCUUUUUUGAUCGCCUAGGCUGCCCCUUCACAGUCCACGACGCCCUCCAGGUCGAGGUCGAAGACUGUGACGAUGUCGAAGCUCCGUCGGCCACAUUCGCCCAUUCCAAGAUCGACACGAACGACAGCGAUGAGGGCCUGUGGGAGAUUACCUCCACGAACCUCCCCAAGCUGAGCUCGUUUGGCGGGGUUCACAUCAUGCUUGAAACCAUCACAACCGAAGCCUCUUCCUUGAAAGGCGACAUUGUCGUCCGCAACCUUGCCUUUGAAAAGAACGUUGUUGUGCAUUAUUCAUUCAAUGACUGGGUGUCCAAGUACGAGCGAACGGCCGUCUUCAGCCGCGUUGCCUGCCAUCGCAACGGCGAAUAUCCCGGUGUCGACAUCUUCUCGUUCGAGCUUUACCUGCCGGGUUUGCAGCCCGUCGCACUGGACUCGCCCAGUCUCAAGAACUACCGCCUAUCCUUUGCUCUUCGAUACGAAGUCAAUGGCGAUGUCUUUUGGGACAACAACCACGGUCGAAACUACGUCAUCGAGCUCACCCGCAGGAACCCUCUGCCCCAGCUCGUUCCCUGCAAGCUGAUUCCAGCGCUCUCGAGCCCGAUACUGGCGCACGCAUCUUCGCCAGUGCGUAGCCCCUUUGGAGGCGUUCAAUCAAUCUCGCCUUCGCCCCUGGCACCCUACGCCUCUUCCCCAAAUGUCGGCAACUCGCCCUCGUCGAUCUACCGCGUCCCAAUCCUGUUCGACUCUCGGACGGACGCUUCUGCCCGGCGGGUCAAGCUCGUGGCGGGCGCGGCUCCAGCACACAGCUCUCCUCUGUUGGCACGAAGCCCCUCGCGCGAGAAUCCCGGUCUGUUGGCGCCCAGCUGCUCGUCGCUGCUGAGCUCCUCUCCACAGCUCUCCCCCCGAAUGUCGUCCCCCAUAUACCACUGCACGUCCUAUGUCCAUGAGAUGCCGCUGUCAUCAUCACCGACAAUCCACUCCCCAGCGUCCCCAGGGUCGUCGCCGUCCUAUAUUGCAAGCAGCCUGAGUGUUGGCCUCGGACACUCGCGGCAGUCGACACCGCCGGCACGAUCCCCGUCUCCCUCCCAAGCACGCCGCCAGUCGUACUCGCGCAUCGCCAUCCCGCCCGCCCCAGGCAGUGGCCUUUCCCCUUGCUCGAGCCGAAGCGAGUUGGCUGGGCCAACACCGGGCUCGCCUUCGUCACCCACGGCGAUUCCGUACAUUGUUCUGGCCCGCAAUGGAGGACGCCCCGCGUCGCGACGCCCUUGAUGGGCUUUGUUUCGGAGCAAGUUCGAGGAGGCCUCAGGAUGAAC